AUGGGCGCCAUGAAGAGGUCACCGCUGGUGCUGGUGCUCCUGCUCUCCCUGUGCUCCUCCCUCGCGCUCGCGUCCUACUCGUACGGGGAGGAGAGCUCCGGCUCCGGCCGGCCGUACCACUACGGCGAGGAGAGCUUCCGGCACUGGACGCGCUCCCGGCAGGGGAGGUUCCGGGUGCUGGAGCGGUUCACGCACGAGCUGCUCGAGGACGCCGUCGGCAACUACCGCGUCGCCGAGCUGGAGGCCGCGCCGCGCGCGUUCCUGCAGCCCAGCCACUACGACGCCGACGAGGUCAUGUUCGUCAAGGAGGGCGAGGGCGUCGUCGCGCUGCUCUACAGGGGGAAGAGGGAGUCGUUCUGCGUCAAGGAGGGCGACGUCCUCGUCAUCCCGGCCGGCGCCGUCGUCUACUCGGCCAACACGCACGGCUCCCGGUGGUUCCGCGUCGUCAUGCUCCUCAACCCCGUCUCCACCAUGGGACGCUUCGAGGAAUUCUUCCCGAUCGGAGGCGAGAGCCCGGAGUCGUUCUUCAGCGUCUUCAGCGACGACGUUCUCCAGGCCGCCUUCAACACUCGCCGGGAAGAGUGGGAGCAGGUGUUCGAGAAGCAGAGCAAGGGCGAGAUCACGACGGCAUCCGAGGAGCAGAUACGGGAGCUGAGCAGGUCCUGCUCGCGGGGCGGCCGCGGCCACGGCGGCGGCGAGUCCAUGUGGGACAUCAAGCCGUCCAGCCUCACGGGCAAGAGGCCGCGCCACUCCAACAACCACGGCAGGCACUACGAGAUCACCGGCGAUGACUGCCCGCAGCUUCGGGCGCUCGACAUCGAAGUUGGCCUGGCAAACAUCACCCGCGGCUCUAUGAUGGUGCCGAGCUACAGCACCCAUGCCUACAAGGUGGCCAUCGUCGUGGAGGGCAGCGGUUACUUCGAAAUGGCGUGCCCGCACCUGUCCGGUGGUCGGGCGCGCGGCCACGACAGCAGGGAGCGGGGCAGAGAGGAGGAGGAAGAGGGACGAGAGGAACAGGAGGGUGGGCAGAAGUCGAGGAGCUACAAGCAAGUGAGGUCCCGCAUCAAAGAAGGCUCCGUGAUCGCGAUCCCGCCGGGGCACCCGACGACGCUAGUCGCCGGCGAGGACAAGAACCUCGCCGUCCUCUGCUUCGGCAUCAAUGCCCGGCACGACGAGAAGGUGUUCCUGGCGGGCAGCAACAGCGUGCUGAGGCAGAUGGACGAGCCGGCCAAGGUGCUAGCAUUCGGAGCCGAGAGGGAGAAGGUGGACCGUCUCAUCGGAGCACAGACGGAUGCUAUCUUCGUGCACGGGCCGGGCAGCCGCAGGAUAUCCUCCGCGUAAGUGCGAGCACCUCUAGGUGCUGUGUCGUAUCACGGUGAGGGUAGGAGUAGAAUAAAGUCGCAGCGCGCGUCGUCGCGUCCGUACGUGGAGAGAGGGCGCUGAGCGCGUGCAUCCGUGUUUGUACGGAAAUGUGCAGUAAUCCUACGUUU